AUGGAAGAUUUACAUUUGCCUAGCAUCAUCCCGGUAGAUUCGGACUAUGGUCGCUAUGCAGACGAUAAUGAAGAUUCUGAAGAUGAUAUCGAUGAAUCUUCCGCCUACUCAGUUGCCUCCUCGAUGUAUAAUUUCCGCGUCGAGAAUGGCCGCAGAUAUACCGACUACAAAAACGGCCAUCCAUUUCCUCACGACGAGGUCUCAGAAGAAAACGAGGCUUGCAUGCACGCCAUGAUCAGCUGCUUACUUGACAACAAACUUUUCUUGUCCCCUAUCGACGAGUCCGACCUUCAUUGUGUUGCAGAUGUAGGUACAAGUCGCGGACUAUGGGCUGAGGGCGUUGCCGAGAGAUAUCCAGAGACAGAAGUGGUUGGAUUUGAUCUGAUUCCUCAUGAACGAUCAACGCAUCCCAACUGCUCGUAUAUCGUGGCAGACGCAACCGAAGACUGGGUUCUCGACCGCCCUUCAAUGAAAUUCGAUCUUGUACACAUUAGAUCGCUAUUUGUGGGCAUCAAGGACUGGCCUCAGCUGUAUAAGCAAUGUUUCGAAAACAUGAGCUCCGGCGGAUGGAUCGAGCAACUGGAAGUCGAAAUUGCCGCCAUGGCUGACGACGAAACCAAUGAUCUGUACAGUUAUAUCCAAUCUCUCGCUAGAUACUCCCAGGAGAUGAGUCGUGCUGCCGGCAGAGACUUCCAAAUCUCUACUGGCAUGAAGAAGAUGAUAGAGGAAGCAGGGUUCGUUGAUGUUCAAGAACAAAAACUCAAACUCCCAUUAGGACCAUGGUCCACCGACCCAAAAAUGAAAGAGGUUGGCAAGUUUUUCGAGCGAUACUACAAGAGUGGUCUACAAGGCUGGUUGUUGCAUAUUUGCACCAGAUCCAUGGGUGUGGGUUUCAUCUGGAAUAUCACAUGA